AUGAAUAGUUUGGAAGGAGCACGAGUAGCUCUGCUGGCAUGCGGUUGUUACAACCCGCCAACAAUUAUGCACCUUAGGAUGUUCGAAAGUGCUCGUGAUUUUUUGGAAGUUCGCUACGGAUGCGAAGUGGUUGAAGGAAUUCUAAGUCCAGUUGCUGAUUAUUUUGGCAAGCCUGACCUGUUGCCUGCAACACACAGGUAUAAAAUGUCGGAAUUAGCAGUGAAAAGUUCAACGUGGAUUCGAGCUGACCAAUGGGAGUGCACUCAACAACAGUGGACCAGAACACUUUUAGUUUUGCUACACUUCAAGCAGGUGUUAGAUCGAAAAUACAAUAAUGACACACGAUUGCGUUUGAUGUUGUUAUGUGGUGGUGAUGUUGUGGAUUCAUUUAAACGAUUGACGACUGAGGGAGACUAUCUGUGGGAUCCUGAGGAUAUUGGUGCAAUUAUAAGAGAUUUCGGUUUAGUAGUACUGGCAAGGAAAAAUUCAGAACCAAUAAAGACUUUAAGUCAACUUGGCUAUAAUGGCCAAUCACUAGCGAACGUGUUUGUUUUCGAAGAUGCUGCUUUACCUAAUGAUAUAAGCUCUACGCGUUUACGAGCUGCAAUUCGACGUGGUGAAUCAAUCAAAUAUUGUACGAUGGAUUCAGUAGUGGAUUACAUUAGAAAACACCAGCUUUAUCGUGUCAAGAAUAAUCAAGCCGGAAACUGUUCUUAG